UCCUUGUACUGAACAUGCCUUUAUAAUUUAUAACACGAGUCUUUUGCAAUGCUUAUGGUGUGUCGUCUCGUUUAUUUGAUAAACGUAAACUAGGUGAUUAGGCAAGCUUUGCUAUCUCAAUAUAUAACGUUAUAAAUGUAGCAGAUCUCGAUUUAUAAAACUCUUUUCUCUGUCUUGCCUUGAAAUUGUCACGGACAAUAAGAUGGAUUUUAAGGUGCUGGAAGUAUGUGUAGUUUUGGCAGUAAUCCAUGGACUCGGCAUCAUAGUCGGCAUAAAAAUACCGCAACCAGUCAACAUAAAUAACAGUGAACAUUCAUCAGAGACAAUUGUACAUCCGGCAAACGUAACGCCUUCCUACGCCCUUAAACACGGAUCCGGAGGCGUUACACGGAUCAUUCGACGAAUACACCGGGCGUCCUUUGUCCGCCCACAAUGGAUGAUUCUGGUGGAGCUUGGGGUCCUGAGCAGUUGCUCUCUGAUUGUCAUCGGGCUGCUGGGCUACUUCGGCCGAACAUGUUACAAACGACUGACCGCCAGCAAAGUCCGAGGGAAGAACUCACGACAGAGUACUUGUACAAAUCCAAUGAAAUUAGGAAUACAGAUGUAAAAUCAGACAGGUGCGGAACUAAACAAUGGAAAUCCUGGAAUAUGUACAAUCCAGACCGUGGUGGCACAGGCACUUGUUUCUGUAAAUGACUUAUGACCUCUGUAUACUAAUAACAACACAAGGUAACUAGCUUCAAAUGAUACAGAAUGGCACCCCCUGAGAAUGUCGGCCUUUUGAGCUUCCAGGGAAUAUGCUAUGUAAAUGUAUUUACUACCGUUGUAUUGUACAAUCAUUCAACUUAAAAACCAUGUAUGACAUGACUGCAUUCAUUGCCUCUUAUCGCCGAAAACUGCAACAAAACAUGGAUUUUCCGUUUUAUACCACAAAGUGCUAUGUACUGAUACCGCACAGAAUGAAAAUUGUAUAUUCGUUGUGUUGAAAAAUAAAGUCUCAUUGUUUUAUUAUCACAAUAAAUUAAUACGAUGUUUAUUACCAAAAAAUCUUGAACAUAUUGCUUUGUUAACAAAAUAAAAAUUUUGAAUUGAA